CUACAGCUGCUGCGCUCGAGUCAUGGUGGAGGUUGCGGUUCUGGGGAAAGGCUCUUAAAGAGUUGUACUACUUUUCAGCAUGUCGGUCGAACUCGAUUUAGAAAGACCGGAUUUAAUGGGUAUACGAUGCGGACCACUUCAGACGUAGCCUAAUAGUCACGAAAACGGAGGAAAAGUUGGAUCUUGAACGCUGUGGUAAAAUGUAACCCUUUUUCUUAGCGCACCAGUCAACAGCCCUGGGCAACAAAUAUGGCUACUUGGGUCUACUCUUCUUUCUAUUUGGGAUGAAAGGCGACACAAUUUGGCUAUGCACUACAAUCGUGGGACUACGACUCAACUCUUCCAAGAAGUGACCUAUCCAGAAAUGGUUACGGCUGAACUGUAUAGAGAUCUUAAAGUGGUCAGCUGAUAAAACGUAGGCAACGCGGUAGUCGUGCAAAUAGCAGCGAGUUGAGAGAGAUGGAGUCUAAGCACAAAGAGUUGUUAGAUAAAUGCUACCAGAACUUACUGGAGUCAAUAACACAUGCAGAUCGGGUCGUGGAGGUGUUGUCUCAAACUGGUAUCCUCACCCAAUCGGAACGUUAUGAACUGGGUCACAACUGCUCGUCCAACUCGGAGAAAGUGGUCCUUCUCCUGAAAAUCUUGAUAAGCAAAGAGAGAGACCAUUUCAAAGACCUUUGCGCUGCCCUAGAAAAGACGCACCCUCACCUGAAUUCUGCACUUUUAAUGAACGGCGUUGGAGACGUAGAUCAUUCAUCUGGGUCCACCUACAGUGUUUUGUCUACCAUGCCGUCUGACUCUGAAAGCAGCACUUCCCUCAGUAGCGCAGGUACCAUGGGUCAAGCCUCGUCCCCUCCUCCAGCCCAUAUGGAGAACCGCCACGGUCAGAUGAGUGAGAAGAUGGAGGCGGUUCUGUUCCAGCUGAGACAGGUGACCCGCGAGAGGGACGAGCUGCGUAAACGCCUGGCCCUGUCCUCGCCCGGCACCACCUUCGAUGACUGCAGGCCCAACACCAAGUCAGGCCAGGACUACGAGCAUCUGAAGCUGCAGUGUAUGAAGGCCAUGGUGGACCUGCAGUCCUUACAGAACCAACACAGCACAACACUGAAGAGAUGUGAGGAGGCCGUGAAGAAAGCUGACUUCUACCACACGCUCCACAGCCGCCUGGCCGGCGAGCAGUCUCCGCUGAAGGAGGAGCUGGAUGCUGUGAGGCAGGACAACAUCCAGCUGGUCAGAGAACACAACCAUGUGAAACAGAGCUGUGAGGAGAUGAGGAGACUACAUGAUGAGGACCAGAGACAGCUGGGAGACAUGAGGCUGCUUCACCAACAGGUGAUGAGAGAUGGGUCGUCAGAGAUCCUCAACAAGCUGUAUGACACAGCUAUGGACAAGCUAGAGGGCACCAAGAGAGACUACGAGGCUUUGAGGAAGAGGUUCAAUGAGAAGACAGCCAACCACAACACAGACCUGAGCCGUCUGGAGCAGGCGGAGGAGGAGAACAGGAGGCUACAGAAACAGGUGGACAUGUUGUUGAAGCAGAGAGACGCUGCUACACACUACCAACAACAGUACUCUACCUCUAUGAGGAGGUUUGACUCGACCCAGGCGGAGCUGUCGAAGGCUGCAGUGCAGAACAAGGAGCUACAGAGAGAGAUGGAGCGGCUGCAGACAGAAUCCACAAGGCUGAAGACCCAGCAGCUGAAGGCCGUUAAGGACUGUGAGAAGUACAAGGAGGAGAGGGACUCGGUCUUCAAUGAGUACAGACUCAUCAUGAGUGAGAGGGACCAGGUGAUCACAGAGGUGGACAAGCUCCAGACAGGGCUGGAGGUGGCUGAGGCCAAACUGAAGAACACCUCGUCAGAGAAGAGGAUGACCAGCGAAGAGAUGGAGGCACUACGUCAGGAGCUUGGCUCGGCGCUGAUCGACCGAGACAGAGCUAUCUGUGAGAAGAAUGAGCUGCUGGAGAAGUGCUGCCACGAGGUGAAGGACAAGGCUGAGGCCCAGAAGGAGUUGAGCCAGGCCUGUAAAGACAUCCAAACCAUCCGGGAGGAGAGAGACGUAGCCCGCAAGGAGAGGACAGAGGCCAUCAUACAGAGAGACCAGCUACUGAGAGAAUACUACCAGACUAGACAGAAACAAGACUCGACAACCCUGGACAUGGAGCGGGCCAACAAGGAGAUAGAGGUGCUGAGGAAGCAGUAUGAAGCCAUGUCUCAGGAGCUGAAGGAGGCGACGCAGGAAGCAGAGGUGGCCAAGUGUCGACGCGACUGGGCCUUUCAGGAGAGAGACAAGAUAGUGGCAGAGAGAGAGAGUAUUCGAACGUUAUGUGACAACCUGAGGAGAGAGAGGGACCGAGCGGUGAGCGACCUGGCAGAUGCAUUGAGAAACCUAGAUGAUACCAGGAAACAGAAAAACGAUGCGUCACGCGAACUUAAGGAACUCAAAGAAAGGAUUGAAGACCAGUUGGAAAAGGAGGCCAGUUUUCGUCAGCUGAUGGCUCAUAAUUCACACGAUUCAGCCAUCGACACAGACUCUUUGGAGUGGGAGACGGAAGUUGUGGAGUUUGAGAAAAACAGAGAGGACAUGGAUUUAAAAGCACUUGGUUUUGAUGUUGCCGAGGGGAUAAAUGAGCCAUAUUUACCAGGAGACUGUGGGAUAUUUGUGAGUAAGGUGGACAGAGGAGGUAUUGCUGAAGGAAGGUUAAGAGUGAAUGAUUGGCUGUUGAAGAUUAACAAUGUGGACCUGACCAAUAAGGACAGGAAGCAGGUUCUGAAGGCAGUGCUGAGCGGAGAAGGAGUGAUCAAUAUGGUGGUCCGCAGGAGGAAAUCUCUGGGAGGACGCUUAAUCACUCCUAUUGAGAUCAACCUCACAGGAUACAAAGCCAGUGGUAUAGGACUGGAGUGUGGGGUGUUUGUAGCUGGGGUCACUCCGGGCUCUCCAGCAACCAAGGAGGGUUCACUCACAGUCGGAGAUCGACUCAUCGCUAUAAAUGGAAUAGCACUAGAUAACAAGUCACUGUCUGAGUGUGAAGCUUUACUGCGGAGCUGCAGAGAUGCUCUCAGCGUCUCUCUCAUCAAGAGUUGCUCCGGCCAGAGUAUCUUUGAAAACCUGCGAGACGCCUCAGAGAAGACCUCCAACUGCCGCUCGCUCCACUCUUGGCACUCCCGGAACUCCAAGAACAACAACAGCUCUACCCAGACAGACAUGUUCUGCCCUGAUAUUGGCUCCAGUGGUGGAGAGAGACACAACCAUCCCAACAAAGACAGGAGUCAUAGCAACGUUGUAGCAGUAGACAACAACAGUAGAGGUGGCUCCAUCUGCCAGCACAAGCCGUUUUCCAGUAGCUCCAUGUACUCCCGCUCUCUAUCCCACAGGGGGAGCUGUCUGCAGCACAGCCCAGUUAGUUCAGGGCCAUUGGGGUCUCCAGAGCCCCACCAGGACUACUGCUACAGAAGAGGGGAGUCACACAGCAGACGACCUCUCACCUUCACCCCUGUGGCCUCCGACUGUAUUACCCUGCAGAGCACGCUGCUGGACAGAGGAGGAGACAGAGGAGGAGACAGAGACAGAGGAGGAGACAGAGACAGAGGAGGAGACAGAGACAGAGGAGGAGACCGAGACAGAGGAGGAGACAGAGACAGAGGAGGAGACAGAGACAGAGGAGGAGACAGAGACAGAGGAGGAGACAGAGACAGAGGAGGAGACGGAGGAGACAGAGACAGAGGAGGAGAAAGAGACAGAGGAGGAGACAGAGGAGGAGACAGAGGAGGAGAGGAAGAACACACCACUACUCCAGAGAGAGAGAAGCCGAGCGGAGGCACCUGGCCUAAAGUCUUGGUGGGCGCGUCCAUCCUCGAGUGUGCCCAGCUCUCCAUCUAUAAGAAGCCCAAGCAGAGGAAGUCCAUCUUCGACGCAGACACCUUCAAACGGCCCGAGGCGUCCUCCAAACUGGACUACCUCUCCUUGUCCCAGCUAUCAAAACACUCCCCGCAGGACUCUCAGUCUGAGGUGGGGCCAGGGGUGGGGAUAGGGCAGACCCCUCCCACCCCACCUCAGAGGAGCGAUUCGUUCAGGUUCAAACACCGCCAGCAGAUCAGCUCUGCCUCGGACUCCACCAUCACCACAGGGACAGGCACCCCUCCAACCCCUGGAGGGGUGGAGGGUCGAGACAGAGACGGAGAUAGGGAAAAGGACAGAGAUGGGGAAAGAGACAGAGAGAGGGACAGAGACAGAGAAAAUCGGGACAGAGACGGGGACAGUGAGAAGCACAAUUACUACAUAGACCCUCCUGGAGAGGGGAUGCAGCCAAUCAUCAGCUCCAGGAAGUCAUGUGAUGAGGAUGUAAGCAGGCAGAGGGGGGAGGAGCUGGACAGGGACAGGAGAAGGUACCGUCCCAAAUCAGCCCCUGCGUUACGCCGGAACAUGACCCCUCUACACAUCCACAUCCCUAUCCAGAGUUUCUCUAAUGACGAGGCGUCUCCAGAGCCGGUGGACUUGGUGCGUUUCUCUCCCAUGCGCUCUCAUCGUUACAGCGUGCCUUUGGUACCACCAGGAUACAGCAGCACCAUGACUGCACACCCCGGACACAGAGGUCUAGCCCCGUGUCCUGCUGUCACGGCUGUGAUGAGGAACCCAGUCUAUACUGCCUGGAGCCAUGACGUUCACACAAACCACAACUGUCCUCCUGCACCCACCUCAGGCAACCACUCACACUCUCACCCCAGUCCCCAGCACCAAGGUCGUCUGAGCCUGGAUUUGAGCCACAAGCGGUCUGGUGACUUAACGUCAGAUUCAUCACCCUGUAGCCAGACACCACACAGCACCAACUCCCUGCCCUCCAGUACCAGACUGGGUUCCUCUGGUAAUUUACAUUUCCGGCAGGAGCGUAUGAAAACCCCCCCUACUCGAUACCCACGGUCUGUUGCAGGGUCUGAUAGAGGGUCCUUGUCCCACUCAGAGUGCAGCUCCCUGUCCCACUCCACUCCUCCCAUGUCCCCCGCCAAUCUAGAGACAUCGUCCUUUGCCAGCAGCCAAUCACAGAGCUCUAUCUCCACCAGCGCCACCCAGCCCAGGAUAUCAGCCAGCCCUGCCUUAAUAGGGGACCGACGGAAGGACAGGCCCUAUCUGGAGGAGCCCCGUAACGUGACGGUACAGAAGGGGGCAGAACCGCUGGGCAUCUCCAUCGUGAGUGGGGAGAAUGGGGGUGUGUUCGUGUCCAAGGUGACGGCAGGAAGCAUUGCGCACCAAGCACGGCUGGAGUACGGGGACCAACUGCUGGAGUUUAAUGGGAUCAACUUGCGGAACGCCAAUGAGCAGCAGGCGAGGCUUGUGAUUGGUCAGCAGUGUGACACCAUCACCAUCCUGGCUCAGUACAAUCCACACAUGUUCCAGCUGGGAAACCACUCUCGCUCCAGUUCUCGUAUGGAGUCCAUCAGUGGUCAGCCAACCCCCCAGCUCAGCGGAGCCACCACUCCAGACAAUCACUCCGUCAUCGACACCUUGAGUGAGCAAGACGAAGGGACCAUGACACCACCUUCUAAACAGACCACCCCAGCCACCAGCCCUCACAGCUCCUUCAGGCUAUCUUCUCCAGGUGCAGGCUCUCGCAGGGCCCCAGAGGGGAGGCUGGUGCGGCUGAAGAAGGCCCAGGGAGAGUUGGGGGUGCAGCUCUGUGGAGGGAACCUGUAUGGUAUAUAUGUAGAGAGUCUGGAGGAUGACAGCCCUGCCAAGUGUCCCGACGGACUGGUGCCUGGAGACCAAAUACUGGAGUACAAUGGUGUCAACAUGAAGAAUAAGACUGCGGAAGAGGCUUACCUGGAGAUGUUGAAACCGGCUGAAACGGUCAUGUUUAAAGUCCAACAUCGUCUGGAUGAGCUCGCCAUGCUCAAAGACUCACCAGGAGAUGGGUUUUAUAUCAGAGCACUUUAUGAGCGAGUAGCAGAGAUGGAGCUGGAGCUGAGUUUCAAGAAGGAUGACAUCCUGUACAUUGAAGACACGCUACCAAAGGGCAACUUUGGCUUCUGGAUGGCGUGGCAGUUAGAUGAGAACGCACGCAAGCUGGCACGAGGGCAGGUCCCCAGCAAAUACAUAAUGGACCAGGAGUUCUACAGGAGACACAGCAUGCCUGAUAUGAAGGAUGAGAGCGGUACCGCCAGUAAGACCCUCUCGGCUGCCGCUCGCAGGUCCUUCUUCCGCAGGAAACAGAAACACAAGCGCUCUGGGUCUAAAGACGGGAAGGACCUAGUGGACGCCAUCAGCACUGACUCACUGCCCAUCAUGGAGGAUGGUGUGAGCCUGGCCUACCAGAGGAUCCAGAAGGUAGAGUGUUCCAGCCCCAGACCAGUGCUGGUUCUGGGGCCCCUAGUGGAGGCUAACAAGGACAUGCUGGUGAAGGAGGCCCCUGGGAGGUUCUGUCGGUGCCUACCUGAGGUGAUGAAGGCAUCUCAGCAGGCGAUAGAACGAGGGGUGAAGGACUGCGUCUUCAUCGACUUCAAACGAAGGAGCGGCCAUUUUGAUGUCACAACUGUUGCUUCCAUCAAGGAAAUCACAGAGAAGGAUUGUCACUGUUUACUUGACAUUGCACCCCACGCCAUCGAACGGCUUCACAGCGUUCACAUCUACCCAAUUGUCAUUUUCAUUCGCUACAAAAAUGCAAAGCAGAUAAAAGAACAGAAGGAUCCUCUAUACUUACGGGAUAAAGUCUCUCAGAAACAUUCCAAGGAGCAGUUUGAGAUGGCACAGAAAACUGAACAGGAGUACAGCAAGGUCUUUACAGGUAUCGUCCAAGGAGGAAGCCUGUCCUACAUUUGCACUCAGAUCAUGACUAUAGUGGACCAAGAACAAAGUAAAGUCAUAUGGAUUCCUGAUGGAGCUUUCUAGAAGGUUUCUAGGUGCUUCUAUCUAUGUAACACUUCAACCCUUAACAAGGAAGGUUGGGUAUGAUACACUUAUCCACAGCUAAAUGUUAAAAACUAGUCAACAAUAUCACAUCACUGUUGUUAUAAUAGUCAACUAUGAGGGUUGCAUCCCAAAUAGCACCCUAUUCCCUAUGUAGUGCACUACUUCCCCAAGUAGUAUAUAGGGAAUAGGGUGCUAUUUGGGAUGCAGCCUCUGAUAUACUCUCAACAUAACACUUAUCUGAAAGAUGAAGAUUCAUAUAGCACUGAUUUAUCUCACACCCCACAAAUAGAAGUAAUAAUCCCACUAUAAUGAUGAUGUCAUAGUGAUGCUGUAUACUUCAGACAGGCCUAGAGAUUCGUUUACACUAGUAUUUAAUAUUGUAAUGCUUUUUUACUUGAAUGUUUGUCCCUUAACUCCACUAUGGCACUCCUUGACUCUUCCUGUUCCUAUGGUUCUCAAUCAUAUGUCAGAAUAGAAGUCGAUGGAUGGAAUAGAAGAAAACAACAUUUUAGACUUGUCUCAGACCUGUUUGUGCUGUAGUUGUUAUCAUGAUGUCACAACGGAUCUGGGAUCAGUCUAGAAGACCAUGUAAUAACCAUGAUGAACUAUAGUUAUGGCAACAGGCUCAACAUGGGAGCAGCAAGUUUUUCUUAACAGAAUGGAAUGGACCACUUUGUUCUCAUCUUUAUGUAUGUUUUUUUGUCAUUUCAAUUCUCUAAUCCCAAUCUAAUAAUGUUGGUUAUGAACCUUCCUUUAUAGCCUACAAAUGUAGCAGUUAGUGAACAGAAAUGAUUGUGUAUGUUGUAUUUUUUUCCCUCUGUUUGUCAUAUAAUUUACAUAUUUAAAGACAAAAAUGUAUGACAAAUUUGCAUGAUUCUUUUUUUCCCCCAAGUUGAUGUAAAUGACAGACGUUUGUUUUACAACCCACUUACUGUUCUCAAUGCAAAAUUCCAGGUUUUAUAUAUAUAUAUAUGUUUCCUUCUGUAUGUUGUGCCAAACUAAACAGAUUUGUUCUGCACCAUUUAUCCUUCAACCUAGUAAUGCUUGAACAGUAAGAAAUGCAAUAAUACUUCACCGUAGGUACGAUAGUUUCACCAUGAGAAAAUGUAUGUGUUGUAGAGUUGUUCCAAUGUUCCUAACAUUUCAUACAUUUCCUAAUGGGCAUCUCUAUUACCCGAAAUGUAGAAUUUAAAAAAGGGAUAUUUUAUUUCUUUUCUCGGGGUUUGAAUGCACCAAAUUAAGAGGAUGAAUUCAUACAUUUCAACAUUAUGAUAAACUGGUAAAUUACUUUUCCUUUUUUCUCUAUAAUAUUUCAUCUUCUCAUGUUGGUUGAAACACGAAAAUAGACUAUAGAUAUAACUUCACUUCUCAAUGAAAUUAUAUUAUUUGUAUCAAAUGUUAAGAAAAAUAAAUACAUGUGGGGAACGUUG